CACCUUGCAUCUGGAGAAGGGAGUUAUUUGCAGCAUCAGUGUAUCCCAGCAUCAUUUAUCCUCGCUUAGUUGUUUAUCUCUGCAUAUAUGAACCUGACAGUUCUUGUGAUGUCCGUUUGUCAUUGCUGCUCGGGAUUUUAAGGCCUGCCUACAUUAAUAGAGGAAGUGUUGGGCCCACAUGGGCAGCGUUUUAGCAUUGUCUUCCGGUCCGGGCCAUCAGAACUGGCCUUUCUCGACGGACCCCUCUCCCUCUCGCUGGAAUGCACAUCCUGCUCACUGGGACAGUCCGCCACGCUGGGAGAGGAGAGAAGGCCGCCUACCCAAUCCAGGCAGCUUUCAUUCUCUACACAGGAGCUGUAAAGAUGUGUUCCCUCAACAGAUUGAGGGUGUCAAGAUGAUCCUCAAUAAAACUCUGAGCAGUUUCUUUAAGGCCAGUCACACUCUACACCUCAGUGCUGUCAGUCCUUCAUAUUAUCGAUUCCAUGUGGAGCAUCUGCAGUCUGAUGACUACAGCAAGGACAAGGAUGCCCCAGCACUGAUAGGUGAGAUGGACUCUUCAGGGAGUCUAAACGCCCAUGCUCUGCUGCAUCUCUCUGAGCGUGUACGAGCCAGAUCAGUGUUUCAGACCCAGCAGUCUCAGUUUGUAACGUGGCAGUUUGAAACUGAGUACAGAGGGAACGACUUCACCGCCGCUGUGACUGUGGCCAACCCAGACAUUCUCAGGGAGUCAGUCAUCCUUGUGGCACACUUCCUUCAGAGUGUCUCUUCUGGGCUGGUGUUAGGAGGGGAGUUGGUCUACCAUCGUGGUCGAGCAGAGGAAGGAGGAAUCCUUACCUUGGCUGGGCAGUACUCAAGACCAAACUGGGUGGCGACACUGAAUGCUGGGAAAGGAGGGGCCCAUGCUAGCUACUAUCACAGAGCUAACAAACAGAUCCAAGUUGGGGUAGAGUUUGAAGCCAGUACCAGGACGCAGGAGACCACAACCUCAUUCGGGUACCAGAUGGAACUCCCAGAAGCCAACAUGGUCUUCCGAGGUAUGAUAAACAGCCGGUGUAUAAUAGGAGGUGUGUUGGAGAAACGUCUGACCCCUCUCCCUGCCACCCUGAUCAUGGGUGCCUUUGUAAAUCACAGAGGUGACAAACUGCAGGUGGGCCUAGGUGUCAAUGUGGGAUAACCCCCCUCUUAAUCCCAGCUGGAAUUACAACCCACAAUCAGGACAUCCAUUCAGAGACCUGUUUUGGAGGCUUCAUUAUGACCUGAUAUACCAAGGUUGUUGUUUUUUUAGCCCCACUCAGACACUCUACAGACCACCUGACUAUCGUGGACUGCUCGGGUGAUGAAGCCCAAAUGUUUCCUUGAAUUGAUGCAUGUCAUCUUCUUGCAACCUACCUCUCAGAACUGAGGCAAUGUUUUCUGUUUGCGUGACAAGAGGAUGGAUGAAUAUUUUUAAGGGAAUUGACCACUUUGACUGGAGAUUUAUUGCUGUUCACUUGAAACCAGAAUGGGCAUCAUCUUCUGGACAGAGAAAACUUAAAGAAUGCACUAAAACUGGACUUAAAUAAGUUUUAUACUGUAUGUAGUCUUACAGAAAUGUAAUGUAUAUGAAGUAUAUCAGAAGAUAGUUUUGUUUUUUCUAUUUUACCCUCCUUACUAUAAUUCUUCUAAGCCCGAUCUUUCAGUGGACCACCUUUGUUUGUAAAAACAAUGCAGAUUUCUCAUUUCCAAGUGACCAAAUUGACUUGCUUUUCUCCUCAGAAACUGAAACACUCCCAUUGUACUUUUAUUUUGCAUAGCUCACCAGUGUAAUGCUUUUUAUCAGCUUGCUCAUCAACCUUGACUUUGUGUACUUCUGAUUCCAGAAUGCACAAAUACGGUUGUGUUUUAAAAAGAGUGCUGCCCUCUGCAUAACCACAUGGUCAUUAACAGAAUGAAUACAUUAGUUAAAUGUAUUCUUAUCUAAAGCCAGACUUUGUCAGCUGAUUUUUUACAAUCGCAAAAUAGUUGGCAGGAUUAUAAAUAGGUAAAAAAAAAACUGUAGUAUCAUCCUUAAAACAGUGUGUAUGAGUAAGUGAUUGUGUGUUUGUGAGCUCAACUUGUAUGUCUUUUGUUUUGCAAGCAUAUAAGCCUGUUUAAAGGGAAAGGAGCUGCUCCAAUCUUAUAUCAAGCUGAGGUUUUUGUGAGGGGCUCCGCACUGACUCUAUUAAGCCAGGACUGUACUGUAUGAAAAUAGGCCUGCAGGCAUGUGGAAGCAACUACCUGUAUGCAUUCUGCACUACACACACAGCUUCUGGGCUCUUUUAGUCCUAUGUAAAAGAAGAAAUGUUGGGUAUGUAUUAUUUAUGCAUUAUUUAAUAUGAGCAAAGAGAAGUGGAGUAGAGUGACUGUCAUUUUUGACUUAAUUUAUUAAAAGAUGUUAUUUAUUUCA